AUGAAGCCUGUUACAUUUCUAACCUUCCUGGUAGUUGCUCUUUACAUCUUCUGCAUGAACGCGGUUGGUGAAAAAGUGCGCGGAAAAUACUUUGAUCGUUUCUUUCUGAUUAUUUUUGAAAACACUGACUAUGCCGAAGCUGUCAAAGACCCUUACCUCAAGUCAUUAGUGAAUCGCCCAGAUGGUAUCCUUCUUUCCAAUUUUUAUGCGGUUGCUCACCCAUCCGAGCCAAAUUACAUCGCACAAAUUUAUGGUUCCACUGUGGGGAUAUUAGAUGAUGCCGAUUACAGUAUACCCGGCGAGAAUCUGGUGGACCUGCUCGAAAAGAAAAAGAUCUCGUGGAAGUCCUACAAUGAGAACUAUCCAGGAAAUUGUUAUCCGUACUCGUUUGGUCCGGGUAACAAUUCUUACGCGAGAAAACACAAUCCCUUUAUCUCGCUUGAAACGAUCUAUAAAAGUCCCGAACGUUGCGCAAAGAUAGUAAAUGCUAGUCAACUUGACAUUGACAUAAAAAAGGACGAUGUCCCGCAAUUUUCCUAUUACGUUCCAAAUCAGCUAAAUGAUGCACAUGAUACCAACAUGACUUUCGCCAUGGGUUGGUUUAAGAGUUGGCUAGAGCCAAAGCUCAAGCAACCUGCUUUUACCGAAAAUACAUUAUUCUUUAUAGUCUUUGACGAAGCGGAGUCAAAAGUCACUAAUCAAAUUUUUGCCAGCCUUUUUGGAAGUCCAGUCAAGCCCAAUCCAACACAUAACGAUAGCACCCCAUACACCCAUUAUUCGGUCCUCAAAACUGUCGAGGAUAAUUGGAAUCUUGGAAGCCUUGGGAGAAACGAUACUAAGGCCACCCCAUUUACCAAAUAUCUUGUUUAUCCAAAAAAAGAUAAAGAGGAACACUAG